AUGUCAGUAUCAAAAGCAGUAACCCUGAGCUACACUCAGGCUUACCAUGCGGCGCUGCAUUGGGAGUCCCUGCAGAGCUUACCUUGUCCUGCGCUCCCGCGAUGUGUCCCCUGCAACGUCCCCGGCCAUCUCCUCCGGCCGAUGCCGGCAUCCGGCUUCUGUGUUCCGGUCCCUGUGACGUCGGGACGUACGGGCGCGCCGCCGGCGGCGGGAAAUUUGAAAAUUAAAAAAAAAUUCAUUUUUUUCCACACAAAUUUUACAUAUGCUUUGUCCUGUGCCCUGCCUGCAUUUUGUCUGUUCUUUCUG